UUCUUGAUAUGAAUUGAGCAUUUUAGAAUGUGUUGUAUGCUCUACAGAUUGUGGAGACAUAUGAGCAGGUUAAUGUCUCUAAUACAUUUCCUCAUCUAAACAUUAACAAAAUGCAGACAGAAGAAUACAGGACAGACGUCUCAUGUCAGUGUAGGAUGUCCUGCUGUACUGUUGCAAGGCUGGAGUUCACAGGGGAGAAGGUGACUUCUUUCACCUGCCAUGUACUGCAGUUCACACCAUCUGUCGAGGACUGGAGUGAGCCACUUUCCUUGGUUUGUGUCCUGCUUUAGCCAAAGGUCUUCAGUCUGGGCUUGGGCAUCCAGAAUAGUCCAGCUCAGGUUCAGCUGAGACGAGAGUAGUGGCGUGAACUGUAACCAGGGAACCACGCUCUUUGUCCUCAUUUUGUCAGGAAUACGACCUUCCAGCUCAGCAAAGGUCAAGGCCAAGUGAGUGGCAGCGUGUUGAAAUCAGAUGAGGCUGGGGAGGAGCAGAAAACAGGUUUUUGUUUGUGUUAACAGUCAAAUAUGUGUGUGGUAGCUACUGUCAGAAGCACAGGGCGAGACUUACAUGCCAGGACCUCACAGGAGCCCACAACAACACCGCAUCAUGCACAGAUGUUAGUUAGCCUAGCCAGCAAUCGAAACAUUCUGACAUACAGACGCUAAAACUAGGACCAAAGGGGUUGACUGAGAUUCAUAUAGGUUUAGUGAAAUUGUCUCUGUAACUUGAAACCCUGGUGACAAUGAAACAGCAGCCCAAUUUUGGCCAGGGUCUCUUAUAGGUUAACCCGGUUCUUUGUAAGUACUCUACAUAUUGUAAAUAAAGCAUCAUUUCUAUGGAAGAAGUUGUCAUGACUGCUGCUGUGGGUGUUGCCUGCUAUGAAACGUUUAAGAAGGCACAGAAGUUACGUUUCAGCUCAGUUAGGGGGAACCCAGAGGAUGAUCACAGCAGAGCAGCAGUCAUGAACUCUGCUAUGUAAUAUAUAAUCUGAGCUUUAUAUUGAUGUUAAAUGAGAAAAUGCUGCAGUUGGUUCAGAAUGAGCAGAAAUUAGCCAUUAAAGUUUUUUAAUCAACACUGAAGAAAUCGUUAGUGUUCAGAAUUGUUCUGUGAACCAAAAGGAGGAUGAUGAUAAAUGCUACAAAGUUUUCAUAUUUCACGCUUGCUGCCUACUUUGACACUGGGCUGUUUAAAUACUUAUUUUUCAUGAUUAUUAUGUCUUUAUAUAUUCUAACUGUUUCCUCCAAUCUCCUGCUCAUCAUGGUUAUCUGCAUGAACAGAAGCUUACAUGAACCUAUGUACAUUUUCCUGUGCAGCCUGUUUGUAAAUGAACUGUAUGGUAGUACAGGGUUGUUUCCAUUCCUGCUGGUUCAGAUCCUCUCUGACAUUCACACUGUUUCUGUUUCAGUUUGCUUCCUGCAGAUUUUCUGUGUGUACACAUAUGCAAAUGUGGAGUUUUGUAACUUAGCCGUCAUGUCUUAUGACAGAUAUCUCGCUAUCUGUUGUCCUCUGCAAUAUAACACACGUAUGACUCACAGCAAGGCAGCCAUACUUAUCUUUCUCACAUGGUUGUACCCUUUUCUUGCAAUCACUGUUCUGAUUUCAUUGAGUGCCUCUUUGCAGCUGUGUAGGAACCUCAUUAACAAAGUGUACUGUGACAACUACUCCAUUGUAAAACUGGCCUGCUAUGACACCACAGCUAAUAACAUCUAUGGACUAAUUUACACAAUUGCAACAAUUUGUGUAGUAAUUUCAAUCAUUUACAGUUACAUGAGGAUCCUUAAAGUUUGUUUUUCUGGUUCCAAACAGACCAGACAAAAAGCUGUCAGUACCUGCACACCUCACCUGGCUUCUCUGAUCAACUUUUCUUGUGGUUGUUUCUUUGAAAUAGUGCAGAACAGGUUUGAUAUGAAACAUGUGCCCAACAUGUUGCGCAUUUUGUUGUCAUUAUACUGGCUUACAUGUCAGCCUCCCCUCAACCCUGUUUUGUAUGGCCUGAAUUUGACCAAAAUUCGCAUUGUGUGUAAAAAUCUUAUUUUUGGUCAAAUUUAAGUCAUGAUGUUAAAAAUCUCAUAUUCAAAAUUCCUCAAAUUUUGUAACAUGAAAAGAGGUGAAUAAAAAAUGACAUUUAGCAAUAUAAGUGUUAACAGGAAUGUGUACUGAUUUCUGUUCUAAGUUUUAG